AUGUGCUUUACUGAACACUAUGCAGUGAUUCCAGAGGGGUGCUUGGCCUCAAACAAGCACACCUGCUUGAUCGAAGAGAGCACCCCAUGCACCGCCACCAUUUUCCUCGCCAUGGUCCGCAACGCGGAGGCCGGGGGUGACCUAGACACACUAAAAUUCACCCUUUGUGACAAGGCCGAUUGGGUGAAGGUCGACUGCUUCCACCGCAAGUUAGAGACCCGGGCCCUACAGGCCGAGACCCCCUACUGCCCGGUCUGCACGGGUGAGAAGACCCUCGCUCAAGCCUUGACUGCAACGGAUGACGAGAGCACCGAUUAUGCCAUCCUGCCAAAUGGCACUAUUCUCUACAACACCGACAACACCACCCUCCUAUCUUCCUACCUCGCAGACCGAUUUCCCCGCGCGAAGAAGAAGCUCUUUGAUUCUCUCCGUCCCAAGAAGACAGAGGUUGGCGGGUUGCGCUACAUCCCAGCGCGUGACUUUGACCAGACCAGCACUUGGGGCGCUCGGAAUGAUGAUAGAAAGCUCAAGACUUAUCUCAGAAUCUUCUUGACAGUUUGUCAUUUGAAGGAUGAGGAGCUCGAAGGGUCUGCGCAUCUUCUUGACUGGCUGGAAUCUACUUGGAGCAAACAUGGAUUUGUGGUCUGA